GGGGCGCCCCCUCGCCCCAUCCCGGGCCCGCCGGGGGGAGGAGCCGGAGAGGGGCCGCUGCAAGGAGACGUUGUCUGCGGCGGCCCGGGCCUGGCAAUGCGGCGGCGGCGGCUCUGAGCCCUGCCCCCCCCCACCCCUCCUCCCGGCCGCCAUGGAGCCGCGGCCGUGACAGCCUGGGGCCGGAGACAGCGCGCCGGAGAGCAGCUAAUCCCCCCGCCCCGCCCGGGAGCGGGCCCGGCCGCCGCCGAGAUGGAUGAGCAGGAGGCAUUGAACUCCAUCAUGAAGGACUUGGUCGCGCUCCAGAUGGGCCGGCGUCACAGGCUGCCUGGCUUUGAUACCAUGAAGAAUAAAGACACUGCUCAUUCCAACAAACAGAAAAAACACAAUGCCAGCAGUCCAGCCCUCCUGAGCAGCCCUACAAUAACAAACCAGUGUGCCUGUGCAGUAGAAGAAAAAAAAAUUCCGAAUGAUGUAAGGAUAAAGUUUGAACAUAAUGGGGAAAGACGAAUUAUUCCAUUUGUCCGACCUGUGCGAUAUGAAGAUGUACAGCAGAAAGUGAAAACAGCCUUUGGCCAACCACUGGAUCUCCACUAUAUGAACAAUGAGUUAUCUAUUCCCUUGAAAAAUCAAGAUGACCUGGAUAAAGCGGUAGAUAUCUUGGACCGAAGCUCAAAUGUGAAAAGCCUUAGAAUAUUACUGCUGUCCCAGGACAGAAACCAUACUAGUUCUUCACCACAUUCGGGGCUGCCAAAACAAGUCAGGAUCAAAACUUCCCAAUCUAUGGGGGAUGUGAACACAGCCUACCAGCCACCAGAGCCCAGAAGUAGGCUCCUGUCUGUCAGUUCUCAGAACACAGGCCGAAGUUCACCUCCCCCUGGGUAUGUUCCAGAGAGGCAACAACGAAUUGCUCGCCAGGGGUCUUACACCAGCAUAAACAGUGAAGGCGAGUUCAUCCCAGAGACCAAUGAACAGUGUAUGUUGGACCCUCUAAGCAGUGCUGAAAAUUCCAUAUCAGGAAGUUGUCAGUCCUUGGACAGAUCAGCAGACAGCCCUUCUUUUCGGAAAUCACGGAUGUCCAGAGCGCAAAGCUACCCCGACAACAGACAGGAAUUCUCAGAUCGUGAGAAUCAAAUCUAUGACAAAGCAGGGAAAGGAGGGACGUACCCUCGGCGCUACCAUGUCUCCAUGCAACACAAAGAUUACAGUGACGGCCGGAGGACAUUCCCCCGGAUACGGCGGCACCAAGGGAACCUAUUCACGCUAGUGCCCUCAAGCCGCUCCUUGAGCACCAAUGGGGAGAACUUGGGCCUGGCAUUGCAAUACCUGGACCCCCGUGGGCGCCUGCGGAGUGCUGACAGUGAGAAUGCCCUUACCGUGCAGGAAAGGAACAUCCCAACCAAAUCUCCAAGUGCCCCAAUAAACUGGCGACGAGGGAAACUUCUGGGACAGGGUGCCUUUGGUCGUGUGUACUUGUGCUACGACGUGGACACUGGCAGAGAGCUUGCAGCUAAACAGGUCCAGUUUGACCCAGACAGUCCUGAAACAAGCAAGGAAGUGAGCGCUCUGGAGUGUGAGAUCCAGCUGCUAAAGAAUCUCCAGCAUGACCGCAUUGUUCAGUAUUAUGGCUGCCUCCGGGACCGAGCAGAGAAGACCUUGACCAUUUUCAUGGAGUAUAUGCCUGGGGGUUCAGUGAAAGACCAGUUGAAGGCCUAUGGUGCACUGACGGAAAACGUGACCCGGAAGUACACCCGCCAGAUUCUUGAGGGCGUCUCCUACCUUCACAGCAACAUGAUCGUGCACAGGGACAUAAAGGGAGCCAAUAUUCUCCGUGACUCUGCUGGGAAUGUGAAGCUUGGGGACUUUGGGGCCAGCAAACGGCUGCAGACCAUCUGUAUGUCUGGAACAGGUAUCCGCUCUGUCACCGGCACGCCAUACUGGAUGAGUCCAGAGGUGAUCAGCGGAGAGGGUUAUGGAAGGAAAGCGGAUGUAUGGAGUCUCGGCUGCACUGUCGUUGAGAUGCUGACCGAGAAACCACCCUGGGCAGAAUAUGAAGCCAUGGCAGCCAUUUUCAAAAUUGCCACCCAGCCAACCAACCCCCAGCUCCCUUCUCACAUAUCGGAACAUUGCCGGGACUUUCUAAAGCGAAUCUUUGUGGAAGCCCGGCAGAGACCUUCAGCCGAAGAGCUGCUCAGACAUCACUUUGCACAGCUCCUGUACUGAAUUACCUCCCAUGCCAGCAGUUCACUCUGGGCUUUCAGUGCCCCUGUCUGGUGAAACCAUGCAAAUGACCGUUGUGGAGCUGCGUCUUCAAAAUGCUGUCUCAGCUGACCUAGUCCUCUGGGCAAGUGAUGCUGAAGAACCUGGGGUCUGGCCCUGGUAUGUUUUGCUGGAUUGAUGCUCAUUCUACUAAUGGCUGUGCAACACAGAGCUGCGUUUUGUCCUUGUUAUUUUGUGAGGUGCAUGUCUUCUGCAGGCACAAGCAGAGGGAUCUAGGAAGCUUCUUGUUGAAUGUACGUAGGCAACAGAAAUCUGGACCGAAAUGGGAACUGGAGGAGCUAUGUUCAGAGUAGAAACAUACGGCAGCCACCCAAGCCAGCUCUCCACAGGGGGCUUUACGGUCUGGAUCGCUCUGUUUUCCAGACUGCUAGGUCUUUCCAGACUUCUACAGUACAAGAAUCCAGCAAAGCCAUGUGUCAUUGAGCACGCGCUCUAUAUAUAAUUAUAUAUUUUUCUUCUUAAGUAUUCAGCAUCUGAAGGUGUUCAGAAAAUAUUGAUUCAGAAAAUAUGUGAAUAGUAUUAUUUUAUAAUGAAACCUGGGGUUCAGGGUGGGAGAGGGAGUUUUGCUAUCCAAAUGUCAGGAUAAUUAGAAAGGAGGUUCCAGCAGAACACAUGCUUUAUAGGGUCUAUGGUAAAGGGCUCUCCCAGCGAGGUUAGGGAGUCCAUACUUGACUUUCAAGGCCAAAGUUAUCCUAGGGUCAGGACAGGAUGUCCUCACUGUACCUCCCUAAGACUACUUCUUCCAAACAAACCUCUUCUGGAAGGGAGAGUUCGCAGGAUGGCUUUCCGCUGCACCUGUCUUAUCAAGUGAUAAACUAUUUAUACCAAUCCCUUAAACCAAAGAUGAUUUCAAUGCUGCCAGAGAACUUACUUCAGGGAAAGGUUAAAUACUUGCAUUAGGCCAGACUGGCAAAGCUAGAUGAAGAAAAUGGGUUGUCCUUCCGUGCAUAGGGAGGAGUUUGCUGGACACUAGUUCACUGGGCGUUCUAGGCUGAAACCAAAGGUGAUCUUCCCCUGCAUGUUUCAGUAUAUGUGGAAAUAUUCAUUUCAGGUUUCUAUGAUCUUU